AUGCGUGUGUGCUGGCUUGUGGGGAAGGAGAAAUGCGAUCAGCGAGUGAAACUGCCACACUUGGAAGCAGUGGUGAUUGGGCGUGGCCCAGAGACUGGGAUAGCAGAUAAGAAAUGCUCACGUCAGCAAGUUCAGUUAAAAGCUGACUGUAACAAGGGGUAUGUCACAGUUAAACAGAUAGGAGUCAACCCAACUAGUGUUGAUCUCGUGGAUAUUGGCAAGGAUGAAGAGGUGAAAAUGAAGCCAGGCCAAGUUCUGCAUAUUGUGAAUAAACUUUACCCCUACACGGUGCAAUUUGCUGAAGAAUUAGGGAAAACUGUUACAGAAGCAAAAAAGAAAAUACAAACCAACAAGGUGCCACGGGAGGAGUCCUGCGAGAAUGAUGGUGUAGAGUUUGUGCCCAGAAAAACAAUGAAGAUGGAGGUGGGGGAUACACAGUGCAGUUCUGCAAAUCCCAAGCUAAGCAAUACUGGCAUACCUUCACGUGAAGGAACUUCGAGCAAAAAGGAACACUCAGAACACUGGAGUCAGGGUUUAAAGAGCUCCAUGCAGGAUCCAAAAAUGCAGGUUUACAAAGAUGAAAAGACCGUAGUCAUCAAGGAUAAAUAUCCCAAAGCACGUUACCACUGGCUUAUCUUGCCAUGGGACCCCAUUUCAAGCCUGAAGUCAGUCACCAGGGACCAUCUUGAACUCCUGGAACACAUGCAUGCAGUUGGGCAAAAAAUGAUCGAAGAAUGCCCUGACAGAGAGAGUCUGGAGUUCAGAAUGGGGUACCACGCUAUCCCCAGCAUGAGUCAGCUACAUUUGCAUGUAAUCAGCCAGGAUUUUGAUUCACCAGCCCUGAAAACCAAAAAGCACUGGAACUCUUUUACUACAGACUACUUCUUAAAUUCUCAAGAUGUGAUAGAGAUGGUAAGAAGCAAGGGAAAAGUGAUGGUGAAAGGUGAUGCCUCUGAACUUCUCAAAUUGCCCCUCAGAUGCCAUCGUUGCAAGCAACACCUAUCCACUGUCCCACAGUUAAAGGAACAUCUCAAGAAACAUUGGCCAAAAUGACUUUGCAAAUAAUUAUCUUGCAGUCUGUCUUCAGAUUUCAGGCUAAAACAAAGGCCUCAGAAUGUUGGUGGACGUGUAUUUUUUGUUAAGUGGAAUGACAAAUGUAAUGUGGGAAAAAGUAGCCUGGAAACAGCAGCAUGCUAACUUUGUAAUUGUUCAGGCAAAACCAAAACCCAACAUAAAAUAAAGUGACUUCUGAAUUGAA